AUGGCAGCUCAGGCCUCAUCCAUUGUAGUCCCCACCGAUGCUGAGCUGAUGCAGGCACAGGCCAAUCUAUGGCGAAACAGCCUGUGCUACCUCAAAUCCAUGGCGCUCAAGUGCGCUGCUGAGCUUGGCAUACCCACUGCCAUCUACCGCCUCGGCGGUGCUGCCUCGCUUGCCGACCUGAUCGCCGCACUGUCACUCCCCCAGGCUAAGCUACCUUUCCUUGGCCGCCUCAUGAGGCUGCUGGCCUCGUCAGGCGUCUUCGCCGUGGUUGAGUCCACUGAUGAGGCUGUCUACUCCCUCACACCACUGUCAUACCUCUUGGUAGACGGCAUUGCUGCCGAUAGUAACCACAUGGACCAUGCACCUUUCCUGCUGACGGUGACAUCAACACAAUACAUUGACUUGGCAAUGGACCUAGCUGACUGGUUCAAGAAGGAAGCCAAGACACCUCCUUUCGAUCACAAGCACGGAGCAUCGCUGUUCGAGGAGAGCAUGCACCACAAGGAUCCCGAGUUCCACAAGAUGUCAAUACUGGGUUUGUUGGUCCACGACAACUUUGCAACCAACAUUGGCGUGCGGGACUACCAGUUCAUUUUCCAUGGUGUAAAGUCGGUGACUGAUUGCUGUUACCAUGGGGAUGGCACGACAGGGAAGGCCAUCGCCAAGGCCUUCCCACAGAUCAAGGUCACUGUGCUAGAUCUUCCACAGGAGAUUCGCAAGAUACCGGCUGAUGGUGUCAUAAAUUAUGUUGGAGGUGACAUGUUCAAGUCCAUCCCACCUGCUCAAAUGGUGAUACUUAAGAUGGUGCUGCACCACUGGAGUGAUGAGGACUGCGUGAAGAUCCUUGCCAAUUGCAAGAAGGCAAUAACUUCACGGGAAGAGGGAGGGAAGGUUGUCAUCGGAGACAUUAUUCUUGACCCUGCCUCAGGACCAGUAAUGUUUGAAACUCAACUCCUAAUGGACGUCUGCAUGAUGCUAAUGAAAGGAGGCCGGCAGAGGGACUUGAAUGACUGGCGUGACCUCAUCCUGAAAGCAGGGUUCAGUGACUAUAAGGUGCUCAAGAACUUUGGAGCUCGUGGUGUUCUGGAGCUCUAUCCGUAA